AUGGGUCUGAAAUUAACGUCUUCAACUUUUUUGCAGUUCUUCUCAGUGGGUCUAGUAUUGUGCCAGCACGAAGAUCACAUAAUAAGAAACGACUUCGAUGGCCCACAUCCUGACGGUUCUUACAGAUGGGCUCUGCAGACUGAGGGUGGUAUUUACCACGAGCAGCGCGGCAUGCAGUCACAGGGACUGGUGGUGGAAGGACAAUACCAGUAUACUGCGCCUGAUGGACAGUUAAUCCACGUCUUCUACAAAGCGGACGAGAAUGGAUUCCGCGCUGAGGGCGCUCACAUACCUACCCCCCCACCCAUACCUCCCGCGAUACAGAGAUCACUGGAUUACCUCGCCACGAUACAUACACAGUAAUGGCGGACUAGGCCAGGGAUAGUGAACU